CCGCUUUGAGCCUGCCGAAACCGAAACUAAGCAAUAGUGAACCUUCUACCUAUCUCAGUGGCUGUCGGUCUGUCUGUCUGUCGGUCUGUCCGUCUGCUUGCCGGUUCAUACCCCACCCCUCCACCCCCACAGACAUGCGCACGCACACGCAGGUUUCCCCUCCCUGUCGAGUCCGUCCGUGUCGCCCCGAUAUUGCAACCACAGGUCUGACAGACAGACAGACAGUCACUGCUAUCGAUUAACAGACAGGCACUGACUGACAUCACUGCCUGCCUGGCCGACCGAGCGAGCGCUCUCCGGUUGGUGUGUCGAUAAAAAUCACGGUCACAAACUCACUCAGUGGCUGGCUAGCUGCCACAAACUGACUGACGAUUUCUAUCUAUGUCUGCAGGACGGAGGGGCCCGGCCCGCCGGACCGGCGCUCGCUACAAGCAGACGGGAAGGAGAGCCGAGAGGAGACAGCAGAGAUCUUGACAUACAGCCAGAAAGGCAGGCACUUUUCGUGUCUCUGCGUACUCUUACGCCUUGCCCCCCUCUCUCGCCCUCUCUGUCCGCACCUAAUCUGCUCUAUAUCUCCCUCCCUCCCUCCCCCCAGCGUCACUCACUCCAUCUCCGUCACGGUGGCGGGGAAGACGCGUCGAUAGGCCGCUCUAUAAGCGUUGACGUACUCGUUGUCCUUCGUGGGCCGCCCCACCACGCUUGCCACCGAGUGCCUCGGCCCCUUCCCGCCCCCUCCCCGGCCGACGACAUGAGUCAGCGCCCUCCGCACAGCCGACCCAACCUCCUCCUCUCUCUCGUGCGACAGCCGCAGGCACCUCUCAUAGCCCCCCAGCACCUGCCCGUAGACCCGCGCCACCUCAGCCCAGGUCAGGCCUGCCUGCUGGAAGGCGCACUUGACGCGAACGUUGCAGGUGUCCUUGAGAGAAGGGUCGGUGGAGGUGGGGAGGUCGUCUGCUGGGAGGGUGAAGGUCGUGUGGUGGGGGAGGUGGGUCUUGAAGGUGACGAGGCCGCCCCGGACGUCGACGCGCUUGACACAGGGGGAGUGGCGAUGGGAGAAGAGGGCAACGAAGUCGGCUCGGGGGGUGUUGCUCAUCAGCCGAUAGGUACCCUCCUGAUCACAUAGAGGGAGGGAGAGGUGCCGCCUCGUGCGGUGUGGUGUGUCUGCGUACCGGUCGUUUGAGUGUGAUGCGUGCGGUGUGUGCCCGCAGCGUCUCCACCACCCGAAACGCAUAGCGAUAUCGCAUCCGAUGCCGAGACGACAGACUCCUGACACACACGCACGCACACAAAGGCUCGAUAGAUUGCAGCACGAACAGGAAGGACGGCAUUCCCUCUCCUUCAUUGGCCCACCCCACCGACCUGAAGUGUAUUCUCUGCGGUGCCUGUGUGGGGUCUGAGGGGUCCUCGAUGCGCACAAACAGCCCCCCGGCCUCUAUCACAUACCGCAGCUCUCUGCUACCCUCCAACACCUGCGCACGAGGGCCCCUCUCCCUCGAGACGUCGCCAUCCGACCGGUCGCCGCUCUCCCCCACCUUCCCUCGAUAGGGAAACACGAAGUCGCCCCGCUCGGUCACCUCCAUCAGCCCCCACUUGGUGGUCACCUUCUGGGGCGGAACGUCUCGGGUGUCAAGCAGCUCCUGCAGCAUGCCGUCCUCCUCACCCCUCAUCGCUGGGGCGGUGGUGGUGGUGGUGGUGGCAGCGCCGCCCUCCUGGCCACCGCCGACGCCGACACCCCCACCACCGCCACACACCCCGCCGCCCACCGACAUGCCCUCGUUGUUGCCGCCCCGGUCUGACUGCGCCGAGUGCUGGCUGAUGCCGUAUGCCGGGAUGAUCGAGUUCAUGCUCUGCUCCAGGGACCGGUGCGACAUGGCGCAGGACGAGCCGCACACCGACCCACCUCCUCCCCCGCCCCCCACUUGUUGUGCAGGGGACCCCCCACUGCUCUGAGGGAAAGGCACGGGCGUCGGCAAGGGGAAGAAGGACCCACCACCACCCAUUAUCUGCUGUCUGCGGUGCGAGUGCAGGUCGGUCAUGCUCAGCGGCCCUGCGGGGGUCACUCGCUGCGAUGGGGCGAGGGAGGGCGACUGGCCGGGCGUCGAGAAGCCGUACUGCGCUCCCCCAAACAGGGGAUCAUAUGGCGACGACAGCUGAGGGUGUGCUCGCGCCGGCGUGUUGGAAUACGACCGCAACACCAGCGACGGCGGGAUGGGGGGGCGGGGGAAAUCGCCCUGUGACGGCGAGGACCGGGGAGGGAGGUAGGAGGGUGGCGGGUGGCUGCCCGUGGGGCUGGAGGGGCCGAACGGGCCUGUGAAGGGGAUGUGCAGGCCUGCAGCAUCCCUCUCAGGGCUCCCCCGCGGCAAAGGUGGCUUGACUUUGACAUUGUGCGGGUCCGCCCUCGCCGUCCAGGGCGACGCAAACCUCUCAUCAUCAAGCCUCGGCAGCAACGGCGGCGGUUGAUGGACAUCGGCCUCACCUGCCGUGUCAGCCGGUGGCCUCGGCCGCUCUCGUGAGCCGCUCCGGUUGCUUCGGCGGUCAUCCAGCACGUGCACAUGUGGGCUCGCCAUGGGCCGUGACGGGCUAGCGAGUGGCGAAGAGAAGGGAACCCCGCCCCUCCUCGCGUCUGGCUCGGGUGAGGCAGCCUGGUGGGUCGUGUGGCUGUGGCUGUGGCUGUGGCUGUGAUGGCUGGGCAGCGGCUGCCUCGCCGGGCUCAUCCGCACAGCCGACGGCGCCAUGGCCAUGGCGCCCCCAUGAUCGCUCGACGUGCGGGACAUCAUUGCACUGGACAGCUGCGAGAAGUGCCGAGAGUCGUCUUCCUUUUCCCUGAUGUCGUGGGUGUGGGUGCCUUCGCCGCCGCUGCUGCUGGAGCUGGUGCUCGGCCGGUCUCGCGCCUUCUUGAUCCGGGGAAUGUCCACCACUUUGUUCUUCUGCGGCAGCACACUGGUAGGGAGGCCGGCUGUUGCUGCUCCUGCUCCUUCUCCUGCCGCUGAUGCCGACGCCGACGCCGAGCGAAUGGUGGCGGUGACCCCGGGGACCUUCAGCGGCAGACUGCCGAUUGACGGGGAGGAGAACGAGUUGUCUGCGUCAGAGUUGGAGCUGUAGGUCAGCGACGAUGCCCGUGAGUCGCGCAGAGGGUUCCUGCUCUUCGCCGCCUUGCUCCCUUCCCCGCCGCGCUUGUUGUUGUGCCUGUCGGCCUGGGGGUCCUUGUUCGGCGACAGGUGGAUGGCCGUCCCGGUGGACGAGCGGCGCGACGAGGUGCACCCCGACUCCUCGCCAGCAGAUAUCCGCCGCGGCGCGCCGUCGCCCCGCCGACAGGUGGUCAUUGGCGAGACGGAGCUGUUGCUGUCGUCCACCUCAUCCAGCCACUUGGGGUCAUACCGGAUGCGCAGCGGCAGGUCCACUGGCCCCUGCGGACGGCUGUGGUCCUUUACCGCACCUUUGGCCGCCAGCCGGAGGUAGGCGCCUCGAGCGGAGGAGUGGUCGCCAUGCACGUGGACGAUCGACGAUGCCGCCGAGCUGUCCGUCGCCCUCUCCCUCUCCCUCUCGGACAGCCUCGCUUCGUCAUGCCCGCCACGGUCCAGGUCUAUCGGCAGCUCCUCCAACCUCGCCGCUGGCGACUGCGGCUCCUCCCUCUCCUCUUCGUGAAUCACCGGAAUGCCCUGACCCGGCGGCCACCUGGUAGCCAUGGUGGACGACACCUGGCUCACCGGCCGCACUCGGUGGUGGUCCCUCUCUCUCUCCCUCUCCCUCUCCCUCUCGCGCGGCGAGGCCAUCAUUGGCCCAUGCGACACGAGAGUGGCCGAGGUGGAGAGGUCCGACAUUCCCGCACGGCCGGGGAACGGCGGGGACGACUGGUCGGACGGCGGGGGUGCGGGAUACGGUGACCGCUGACACGUGUCGAUGGUCCUGGGUGGUCUGAGGGAGUCUGCGUCGCUGGACGGGGCGGGGGUGUGUGGGUGUGGGUGUGGCGGCAGGGGAGGCUUGUCUGGCGACGGGAGGUGGCGAGGCGGCACUGGGGGGGCGUCGUUCAGAAAGGGAUGGUCGAUGAGCGAGGGCAGGUUGGGCUGCAGGCAGUAGGUGGGAUCCAGCAACCGACGCAACAAGUCGGCAGCCUGCCAACAGACACACCGAACAAACAGCCCAAACAAAUGCCGCCCGCGAUGUGGUGAACGAAUGCACUUCUCCUCUCUCUCACCUGGGGCGAUACGGCGUCCGGCAGUGGCUCGAGGUCGCUCGCCGUCCGCUCGAACGCCCUCACCGCGCCCACGCCCCGGCCCUCCACACGCCAGGGCGCCCUCCCCACAAUCAGGUGGUACAGCACGCCGCCAGCCUGCCAGAGGUCGCCGGCAGCCUCAUACUGCAGGGGGGGCAGAUGCGAUGCCGACUGCGGUAUGGCUGGAAUGAGCCCCGCCUGGCCGAAGUCGGUCAGGCGCAGGUCUAGCUCACGGGUUAGCAGGAGAUUGGACAGGCUGAUGUUGCUGAACACCCAGAGACAGAGACAGAGAGAGAGAGAGAGAGAGAGAGAGGGAGAGGGAGAGAGGGAGGGAGAGUGUUGUUGUGGUUUUGAUGGCAUGCUUGAUUGAUGCCUGCCCACGCAUCGCACUUACCCGUGUUUGACGUUGUUUUGGUGGAGGAAGUGUAUGGUCUGCAGCAGCCGGCGCAUCCACGACUGCACCCACAACUCGGGAAGCCCAACACUACCUGAACGAACGAACGCACCAACACCAACACCAACACAGAAAGAGGGACACACACAGAGAGAGGGAGAGAGUGAGUGCAGCUGGCUGGCUGGUACGGUACACCUGACCUCUCUGGUGCUGAAAGUUGAGCAGGUAUCUCUUGAGGUCGCCAUUGUCACAGUACUCGAGCACCAGCCCCUUGUGGUGGCGCGUGUCAAACGCCCCAAGCACGCGGCAUAUCCCAUGGUGCCCAGCGCUCCCCUGGGUCUCGCGCAUCGGGUUCGACCACACCAGAUUGUGAUAGAAAAUCUCGUUGUCCACCUGUGUGUGAUGCAGACGUAGGACACACAAACCCACUCCAUAGGACCAUAGAGCCAUGCAUGCACUGCCAGUGCUCUCCUGUCGCCCUGUCACCUACUUGUGCGCGCAGCUCCGGCGUGUCCAGCUGGUUCUUUGUGUAGGUCUUGAGAGCGACCGGCCCCGCGUGGCUGGCGCCGUCGGUGUGGAGCACAUUGGGCACGGCCCGCCAGACGGUGGCGUGCCGGGUCCCCCCGAUGUGCUCCUUGCCGUGGAAGUUCGAGAGAUCAAAGCAGCGCUGCUGCCCGCCGCAUUCCAUCGCUCACCGCAAACCCAUCACGCCAACGCUAUCACAAGACGCCUCACCGAGGCCCUAUCGACGGCCACAUGCCUCACAAAUGGCUGCAAG